UAAUAGAAAACAAAAGAAAUAUGGAUGCAUUUUCCACAUCCGAUGGGGUGAACUAGUUAGGGAAGGUACUGUGGGCACAAGAUGAAAACAGAGCUUCAGAUCGAUUUCUUGAAUUGAUUUCUCUCUCGGGUACAACAAAACUCCCCAUAUAACUUUGCCUUCAAUUCAUCCACGAAUCCUUCGUUUCUUCUAGAAGAAAAAAAUAGUAGAUGACAGAUUUAUAGAUAUGUUAUCAUCGUCGUCGAGUUCUAUGAUUCGUCCUGUUGUUACAUUUUUCACCACCCGGAUUCGUCAGAAUUACCGCCUUUUAAAUUCCUCAUCUUCUUCUGCUCUAUCCCAAUUUCAAUCUCAAUCGCAAGUCGAAGCUCUCGAUUCCAUUGUAAUGACGGAAAACUGCAUUCGUUGACAGUUGUAUUUUAAUCCUUCUGGUAUCUAAUUUAUCCAUCAUUAUCUACUUCGGCCGUUUGAGGCGCAAGGUCUGCAUUAUGAAACACGCAGUUUUCACAAUUUGUACUCAAGAGGUGACGGAUUCUUUAUUUGUACAUGUCAAUUUUUUGCCUUAGUGGAGCUAGUUGGAAGUGCAGGAUGUAACUGUUAAAUUAGGCAGACACAUAUGCUGUUGUAUUAUAGGCGGCAAUAAUUCCAGUUGAAGAUACUACUGCUCAGUUUUGGUUGGAAAUUUGUACAAGGAAUUUUGAAGUAGAGAAAUUUCAAUCAGCAUUUUACUAGCUAUUGAAAUGAAGGUUCCGAGGGCAUGUGGGAAGCAUAUUAUUAUAUAUAGUGUCUCCAAUGACCACAUCCACUGUGGUAGAAAAGUUCUGAUCAAGCAAAGCUUUGUCAAUGAUCUUUAAAAGUGUCUUCAUUUUGAAAGUUAAAUUAGAAAUUACUGAAUUUUGGGCGUAUACUUUAUUUGUGGGUCUUAA